AGGCUGGUUGGCUACAUUUACUGGUAGAGAGACUCAACAACCAGGAGGAUGUUUUCUUGCUGUUUCCCAAAACGCGAAGGCUCAGGCCACAAGAGUUGGUGGAAACAGGGUCUUAUUCGAAGGCUGAGAGGCUCAGGCAGUCGUCAGGCCCAGAGCCUGGAGCACACUGACCCAAGAACCCCCAAGAUGACACAGGACCCAAAGAAGUCCAGCCCAAAGCUGGAGGAUGCUGGCAAGGUGGGGAGCAUGGAGCCAGACAUGCUGAAGAAGCUGGUGUUCAACCUGGUGCUUGCCCAUCAGCGCGGGGACCCCUUCUUCGUGCCUGCCUUCCUGGCCAUCUACAGGAGGUUCGCCACCACGCGGCAGGUUCUGGAUCUGCUGUUCCUCAGGUACAACUUCUUCCUCCCAGGCUCUGAGCAGGACCAGCAGAACAAGAGUGCUCUGAGCUCCAUCCUGGAGACCUGGCUUCUCCAGUACCCAGGAGACUUUUGCCAGCACCCAGACAUGGACAACCUCAAGCAGCUCGUGGCCUAUGCACUCCUGAACCUUCCAGACUCAGACAUCAUCCUGCAAGUGUGCAGACUUUAGGCCCAAUUUAGAGUCCACUAAGAGGGAUCCCUUCCCAGAGGUGACUAGGAGGCUGGGGUUA